AUGCCCGCCGUGCCCUGCUGCACCACUGGUCGUGAGACCAGAGUCCCACGGGGGAAUCGACGUGGCCUCAGAAGAUCGGCACGUCAUCGCUCUGCCUGCCGCCAGAAGCACGGCAUCGCUGACCAAACCGAGGACCGCGAGCAGCGCUGCCGCUUCCAGACCCGUGAGCUCGUCUCGAAGCACCGCCGGGUCUUGCCCGCCAAGGGUUCCUUGAAGAGGAAGCCGGGGGCACGCCUAAAGAGGCGCCUGACUCGAGGACUGAUAAAGACUGGAGCCGCACCUCCCGAAGAGCACAGUUUUGUCAACAAGUUGGCCACUGAAGAAGGAGUUCUCAGCAAUCUCCCAAGGGGCUCUGCUGAUGGAUCUGUCCCCAGACUGUUUGUCUCUGUCCUGGACUUCAGCUCCCUUGAAGAAGCAACCAACAAUUUCUCCUUCCAGGAAUUCCCACUGGCCCCAUGUCCUGAUCAGCACAUUGAUGGGAUAGAAGGUCCUGCUGACAAGGAGGACCGUGAUGGUGGGCACCACAGAGGCUCAGGCGAGAGUCCAGAGGCCAUUAGAGAAAGCUUUCUGGAGGUGCGCCAAGCUGCUCCUUCCGGUCCCAUGGGGUUUGGGGGCUAUGGAGGCCAGAACCAGUCUCUGAACGGGGACAGUAACCCCAGUAACCACAUCUCUCCAGGUGCUUUGCAGAUUAAAACACAGACACCUGUUCCCACAGCUCCUGACCAGCCCUUGGCCUCUGCCUCCGCAGAGUGGCAGCAGAGGCUGGAGGCGGCCGAGGCACUGCUGAUUCUGAAGGGAUCUUCCCAGGCCCCUUCAGGCUCCAUCUCCCCGCUCCAGCCUUGAGUUGCACCAGCUCCUGCUGGGGGUAGAGAGGUCCAGACUUCCAGCCCCUCUCUCCAUCCCAGGCCGGCCAGCUCUGUUUCUCUGCCUAUUGGACACCUGGGAUGCAUCUCCCUCUUGAGCCAGAAGCCCAAAGGAGGAGGCUUCUCUAGAGGCAAGUGCCGGCCACUCUCAGGGCCCCAGUUUCCUGUCUCGAGACAGCAGGGCUCUGGACGUUUGCUGUUGAGUGCAAAGCUGGACGAACUGGUGAUUCACUGGACAGCCAUCGACCGCCAUCUCAGGCGUCAGGCUGAGGAGCUUGGGUGCCUGGGCCCAGGGAGGUUCAACCCACCAACCCUGCCUUUCCAGUUAGGCCCCGCUUACCACAGCGCCCUCGCGUUUCCCAACUAUUCCCACCCCGUGUUGCCUUUCAAGGACCAAGCUACCUGGUGCAACUCAAGGCUGGAGCGGGGAGAUGGAGCCUGA